AGACCUCUAACCACAGUGUUCAAGGUUUUCGGUGGCUCAUCUGAACCAUGUUUCGAUACACGAAGGAACUGUUUUUGGCAGCUGUGCUGUUCGCGACAUUAGCCACAGAAUCGAUUAGCGCGGAACCGGAUCAAGAAACCCAGCCAGAAGAAUUCCUAACCCCGAGGGCCACCUGGGAAUCAUUGAUCACAGGUUUAUUUCCUGGCUUCGGGAAAAGGUUCCUCGCGGAUAUGGACCGAAACGCGAGGUUGACCUCUGCCAAUAAACCCCUGGUCACCUACAACGAAAACACUCAAGCACUGAACGUCGCUUUCCCGUCGAAAACUAGCGAAUUCAGCUCACUGUCAAAUCAACCCAGAACGGCAGUCGUCACGCUGACAAAUUUGGCCGGUUCAGCUUUCACAACAACCGGGAAAAUAAUUUUCUUUCAAGAAAACAUGAUACAAUCAGUUUCCCUCGUCGGCAAUAUCGUGACAGUACCCGCGGCAGCUAGAACUGGCCUCAGGUUGGAGAUCAGGUCAACUGCCAGUGAUGACUGCACAAAUGUUGGGCAAUUGUUCAAUCCAACAGGGGCUGAAAACGGAGGACUUAUAUCUUCAACCGGAAUAGCCGCAGCGAAUGGCGUCUGGGGCUUCUACACAACUGCUCUCCCAAUUUACAGGAUUUCUCUAUACGAUCCCAACUCAAUUUUGGGUAGAGCAGUUUUGCUCAGCCAAAAUGGAGUCAAUUUGGCCUGUGGGCGGAUCUUGGCAGCGUGACAACUGCCCACUGAUUUGUUAAUGAUGAAAUUUGAAAAUGCCAACUUAUUUAUUUCAACAAGGAAUCAGUAAAAACAUGUUUUCUUUUGCCCUUC